AUGCGUGUGGAAGUAUCGCGAGCGGGCGGGCAGGCAGCGGGAUCGCGAUACAAGCGCCCGCGCAUCUCAUACUCAAGCUGCUCACCAAGGAGGCUGGACCACCCUGCGAUUACUCGCUACUGCUCUAGUCUCUACCAAUAUGUUCAUUGGCGUCACCUCAAGUGGAGACAACGUGAAUUCUCAUUACGACUACCUGAUUUGAACGCCGGAGGUUGUGCGGGAAUCAUUGCUGGUCAUCCUUUGGAUACAUUGAAAGUGCAUAUUCAGUCGGGCAGAGGUAGCGCGCUGCAAUGCACAAAAGCUCUUUUGAAAGGAGGAACAUUGUCAAGUGCCUACCGUGGAGUAGGUGCUCCUUUAGGCGGCAUAGCAGCCGUUAAUGCUAUAGUUUUUGGGGUAUAUGGAAAUACACGACGAGCGCUGCCUAACCCUAACGCUCUGAGCACGCAUGCGGCAGCAGGUGCAGCCGCGGGCCUAAUGCAGAGCUUCGCUUGUGCUCCUGUCGAGUUAAUUAAGACACGACAGCAGUUAGCAAAAUCUGGAGAUGCCAUCCCGUCCGGAGCGUGGGCGGGAGCGCGCCAUAUCGUACGCACUGGAGGCUUCAGGGCGCUCUUUCGUGGACUCGGUGUGACAAUAGUUCGUGAUAGCCCUGCUUUGGCAAUUUAUUUCACCUCUUACGAGGCCAUGACUCGAGGAGAUCAAUCUGUGAUGAAAGUGUUUAUGGCGGGAGGUGCGGCGGGAGCCCUGUCGUGGGUGGUAUUAUAUCCUAUUGAUGUGGUGAAGUCGAGAUUUCAAGGAGAUAUAGUGGGCAAAUACGCGAGUGCAUGGGACUGCUUCGUGCAGUCAGUUCGGACUGACGGCUGGAAGAGUAUGGGCAGAGGUGUUGGGGCAGUAACACUGCGUGCGUUUAUUAGCAACGGCGCGUGUUUCACCGCUGUUGUUUGGACUGAGCGCGUGUGGCAACGUAUGGCUGCUGAGCAGGGUGUGAAAACUUUCGCUCAGGCCACUACCAUGAGUGAGGCAGUUUGUGAGAACAACGACCGACAAUACGAUGUGUAA